UUUUAUAUAAAUCAAAAUCUUUAGAAUCUUUGAAUCCAAGCGCAGACAAAUUUUUCGUGGGUUUCUCGCUAGAUAUAUAGAACCUAUGUCACGAAGUAUAGUCAGAGCUCUCUGUUUCGUCUUAAUAUUGUUCUGUUUCCCCUGCCGGUUUUUGGCCAGAAACCUGCCGGAGGAAUCCAUCACAAAAGCAACUCAAAUAAUCCACGUCAGCAACGCCACGUGGCAUGAUUUCUCUCGUCUCGUAGACGUCCAGCUAGGCAGCCACGUCAGCGGCGUAUCCGAGCUCAAAAGAUACCUCCACAGAUUCGGUUACGUCAAAGAAGACGACGGUGGUGAUGGCGCGAAGAAUUUCUCCGACGUGUUCGAUGGUCCUCUCGAAUACGCAAUCUCACUAUACCAACAGAAUCUCGGUUUACCUAUAACCGGAAAACUCGACACGAGUACCGUCACUCUCAUGUCGUCACCGAGAUGUGGCGUUACCGAUACCCACAUGAUUGACAACGGUUUUCACACGACGGCGCAUUAUACGUAUUUCGACGGUAAACCGAAGUGGAACCGGGACACGCUAACUUACGCCUUCUCGAAAACACACAAACUCGAAUACUUGACAUCCGACGACGUCAAAACGGUUUUCCGGCGAGCCUUCGAUCAGUGGGCGAGCGUGAUCCCUGUGAGCUUCGAGGAGGUUGAUGAUUACACGGUGGCGGAUUUAAAGAUCGGAUUUUUCGCCGGCGAUCACGGUGACGGGCAGCCGUUUGACGGUGUUCUCGGGACUUUAGCACACGCCUUUGCGCCGAAAAACGGGAGGCUUCACCUUGACGCGGCGGAGACAUGGGUCGUUGACGGUGACUUUAAAGAAUCAGAUGUGGCCGUUGACUUGGAGUCGGUGGUGACUCAUGAGAUUGGUCACUUGCUGGGAUUAGGACAUAGCUCGCAGGAAUCGGCGGUUAUGUAUCCGAGUCUCCGGCCAAGGACCAAGAAGGUUGACCUUACGGUUGAUGACGUGGCAGGUGUACUCAAGCUUUAUGGGGCGAAUCCAAAUUUACGGUUUGAUUCGCUGACGGAGUCGGAAGAUUCUCUUAAAAACGGCGCCGUAUCACACAGAUUCUUGUCGGGGAAUUUUACCGGUUAUGCUCUGUUAGUUGGUUUGAUUCUGUUCCUAUAGUUUUUUAGGAAUAUAUUGUUUUUUAAAAAAAA